AUCGUGCAGAACAGCUCAACCCCAUCCCCUCGAAAAUCAAGACUAUCGACAAUGCCCAAGGCCAAAUCUGGAUCCGGCAAGAAGCCUGCCCCCGCCCCCCACGGUGUCAGCAAGACUACCAAGGCGGUUAAGAACCCUCUCUUCGAAUCUCGCCCUAAGAACUUCGGUAUCGGUCAGGACAUCCAGCCAAAGACUGACCUGACUCGUUUUGUCAAAUGGCCCGAAUAUGUUCGCCUCCAACGCCAAAAGGUCAUUCUCAGCCAGCGCUUGAAAGUCCCCCCCGCCAUCGCCCAGUUCUCCCACACUCUGGACAAGAACACCGCCACACAGCUCUUCAAACUUCUCGACAAGUACCGCCCCGAGACCAAGCAAGAGAAGAAGGCUCGUCUCGACGCCACUGCGAAGGCUACUGCCGAGGGCGCGGAGGCGCAGAAGGAUACUAAGAAGCCCAUCUUCGCGAAGUACGGCUUGAACCACUGUGUAGCUCUCGUUGAGGCGAAGAAAGCGGCGCUCGUCGUCAUCGCUCACGACGUUGACCCUAUUGAACUAGUUGUAUUCCUUCCCGCGCUCUGCCGGAAGAUGGGUGUUCCAUAUGUGAUCGUCAAGGGCAAGGCCCGUCUCGGCACGGUUGUUCACAAGAAGACUGCUGCCGUCCUCACCAUACAGGAGGUUCGCAGCGAGGACGACCGGGAGCUUGCCACGCUCGUAUCGGCUGCCAAAGCCAAUUUCUCGGACAAGUACGAGGAGCAGCGUCGCCAGUGGGGUGGAGGUGUGCGUGGCACCAAGUCGCAAGCGAUGCUGCGGAAGCGUGCGAAGGCUUCCGGUCAGAGUAUCUCUGCUGCGACUGCUGGCAAGCUCUAAGCUUAACCUUUUUCCUCGGGCGGGAGGGGUGUCUCUUGUUGGGCUGUGGGGAGCAAAAGACUGACCGCCAGUCACCAUCGUGUAGUACAUUCGGCUUGUCUUGUAUGCAUAUGUCACGUCCAUCAUGCUAUGCUUCACCCACCGUGUGCGUUGACACAAUUUGUGGUGAUUGUUAUCG